AUGACCUCAAGAGAUGAAGCUGGUAUUAAGGAAAAGUUGGAAGGCUUAUCAAAUGAGGUAGAAAAAAUUGAAAAAGGGCUGACUGGCUUCAAAAGUAUUUAUGAAUUCAAAGCCGAGAAAUACUCAGACUCUUUGUCGAAUCUCAUUAUUGAAAUCCAAAGCGGAAAUUCUGGUUCGUUCACCAAAGACUUGUUCAAUUAUUCUUCUUGGUUGUUCGAUUACUGUCAAUAUUUUGGAUGUUUGAGUUUUUGUCGUUAUUAUAAGUAUCUUAUUGCUCCGCUUCUAGGUGCAAACCUUUCACCAGAGACGAAGGUCAAAAUAUGUUCUCUGUUAUCAAAUAUCAAGUCAAACUUCUCAGAUGCCCUCAAAAAGCACCGAGACAUCCAUGCUUCUAUUUCAAAGUUCAAAAAAUCGGUUGAUAAGACAUUCGUCGACGAUAUUUCUAAUGUAGCAUCGUAUUUCGCUACUGACACCUCCAAAGCUCCGGCAAACCAUACCACCUUUGAUCCUGCUCCUGCAUCCAACCUUUAUAAGACCGCAGACAACAUGACCGAAGACGAACUAUUUGCUGCUAUCAUAAUUGAGGAGCUUAUUCGCAGCGGCUAUGGUUCUGUUGCUAUUAAGCUUGCGAAGGAAGUUGGUUUUUCGGAGGAUGACAUUGGCCUUAAACAAUUCCGCGACGUUGGUACCAUGGUUGCUGCCUUAAAAAACGGAGAGUUGGGUCCUGCUAAGGAAUGGCUGGCAGCUAAUGCGGAGUCAUUGGGACCGAAAACUAAGCAAUUAGAAUAUGUUUUAGCCAAGUUGGAGUUCCUAAUUGAUGUCCAGAGGUGUGCAGAUGAUCCUGCUGGAGUAAUCGCUUGUCUGCGUAAAAUUGUGCCAUACGCACCGGAGUUUCCCGCAGACUUCGAACACAUAAUGGGUAGCCUCGUCUUUCUGGGCCAGGAUCUCAGCGGGACACCUUACUCAGAUCUCUCAUUGAGAGACUCUAAUCCUGCAUCUGCUGUUGACGAUGUUAUCAUUAGGAAUCAAUACGCCAGCACUAGUGGUAUCUGCCUGCCCAUUCUGCCGUUAGUGAGUCUCUGCGCUAAUGAGGAGAAAGUGGAGGCGGAGGCGUCUCUGGGUCGGACUGUGGCGGGAGACGGAACGGCUAAUGAUGUAGUGGCGACCCCGUUAAAUGCCUUUGUGCGUGCAGCGCACCUCUUCGGCACGGUAGCCUGCGCGCAACUCUCUCUCUCCUCUAUCGAUCCGCUGAGGACUGCCUUUGCCUCGGGUUUGCAAGUACUUCCAAAGCUGCAUAAACUCCAGCGUGCCUUUGCCUGGCUUACAAACUACGCACCCGGCAACUCCGAUGGUACUCACACUCUUCCGAUUUCGGUGGAAUUGGACACUGUAGCUCACAGACAUAAUAUCUUUCACUGUCCAGUCAUCAAAGAGGUCUCAACGCUGGCCAAUCCGGCUGUGCGGCUCAACUGUGGCCAUGCCAUCUCUCGAGACGCCUUCAACUCUCUGGCCAACACGGAGCGACGGUCAGCUUUCCAUUUAUGCCUCUCCCUUCCUUAUUUCUCCUUCCUAAGCUUCGUUUUGGUUAUCUUUUCUAUUUCUUUUUCUUCUCAGGAGCAGCAUGAUGCUAACCGCAUUGGUGUUGAUCCGGAGGCAGGGGGAAUAGUUUACGCCAAAAUAGAAGGGAUACCGUGGUUUUUUAGGAAAAUCAAGUGUCCCUACUGUCCAAAAGACACGAGUCGGGAUCAGGUGAUGACUCUCUACUUUUGA